AAAUGAACAAGAUCAUAUGGUUGGUUUCAAUUAUUUGGCAAGUCAGACAUUAUUCAGUACAAAUCUAAGAUCGACCGUGAUUUUAGACUUCUUUAAAACGCUUCAUUUAGAAAAUAAGGAAGACCAUAGCAUCGCACGCGACAAAUCGAGUGAAAUCAUUUCGACUAAUACAUAAGAAUAGAUUGCUUUUUUGUAAAAAAAUUGCUAUAUUUCCGUCAGCCGAAUUGGCUUUAAGUAGAAGGAAUAGUUUUUUAAUUUGUACAAUGUUCUAACACGGACCUCCUGCAUAGGAACCAGUUGAAUCACAAAAGCGAUACCGAAGCCAAAUGCAAGAUUAUGGCAGCGAGGGGUCGAGUAAGCCUGGUGAGAGCCGCGGCGGGAAGGCGGAGGCGGGCAGGGCGGGCGCGCACCACGGCGACUGCUACCAAGGACCCUCGCAUCAGUAUCCCUUGAUGUCGCAGAAGACCUUCAGUGGCAACAGCAAAGAAUUACCUGAACAAAACCCUGGUAACUACGGCAGAGGUGCUCCUGGAGUGUACGAAGCAUCAUCCUCCAGUCAGCAGUAUCAGAAUCAAAGGUACAACAAUCCAUCGGUCCCCACGUUCAGUUCACCACCUAAUUCACCUCUCGUGGGCUUGGUGUUUGACCCUUCUUCGUCGAGCUACAGCGGACCGGGGAUAAUGGCAGAUCGUCUUAAUUCUGACAGACGCUCGCAGAGCUCGUGGUCCACUAACCAGGAACCGAUCGGAACUGGAGCCAAGAAGAAAAUAGUUAAGAGUCAAGACACAAAGAAUGCUUACAGUAGUGAUAUUCGUUAUCACGAACGUUACAAAGACAAUAGUACUGAGAUAGAUCGUUUAAGGAAACAGGACAAGACAUUGAAAUCUGAAUCCACGUCGAGCCUUGACUUUUUUCUCGAAGGUGAAAGAAUGGUUUCGGAACUCUGUAAUAUUUCUGAUCCAAAUGCAAAUCUACGAAGCGAUGCUGGUAAUUCCAAACAGAAUACAAAAAAUAUUAAUCAAGAAGAGGAUAAAAAUAGCCGCUGUGGAUCGUCUGAUGUUCUUUUAACUGCUUUAGAUAAAAUUGUCAUUCACGAUCAGAUUCCAAAUCAAAUCGUACAAUUAGCAAUAGAAGCCUGCACUGAUGCUGAAAAUAUAGCGAUAGCGCAUCACAAUAGACCCUGCUUCAAAAAUAUACAUUCCAUUUGCGCUAAAACAAGAUCCAAUGUUCAAAAACCUGACAGUGCAGUUGCCAACUUACAUUCCCAAGGCAUACCAUGGGUAAUAAAGAACUUUAUUUUCUCUUUUGUACGUAUCCUUGACGGUUGGAAAGGUGUUAAAGAAUUGCUAAGCGAAAAACACGACACAUUCUCCAGAAUCGAAAACAAAUAUUACAGCCCUAACAUACGAGAAUGUUUUGUACAAUGGCAAGCGGUUACCAAAGAAAUGUUGACUCAUAUUUAUAAAACUUUCAAAUGUCUAGAUCAUGGAUUUACAAUGGAGCAGAAGAGUUUUACUCAUAACUACUAUGCUACAAAUUCCGCAGCUCCUAGACACCAAAAUCCAAAUAAAUUCCAACAAACUAAACCGCAUGUUAGUACUCCUAGACCAGUAAAUGUGUCACCUCAACUGUACAAUGCAAUACAGCCGCCGUGGAUUCAAAAUCAAAAUCAAGUCGUCUGUCAAUCAUAUAACGAAGGGCCGUGGCCGGCUAGAUCAGGGGUAAGCUAUAAAAAGUUUCCCGUAGCACCGCCACAGAAUUCCCAUAACUUUUAUCCCCUGAACGAUCAAUCUGAGAUGGAUUCAUUUCAAAGAUCUCAAAUAAAAUGCGACCCUUGCAACGUCCGCGAGACGAAGCCGCGUCAGUCGUGGACUAUCACAAAUAUGCCAGACUUCCGUGUUUUAGAAAGCAUGUGUUAUGCUGAUCAAAGAGAAUUGUAUAAUCAACUUAAACACAAAAUGGAUGCUGAACUCGGCAAAGCUCCAGGUCAACCGCUUUUGGGAAAUAUGCCAUGCGAUGUGAUGCACCGUAGAGAUUUAGAUCUUAAAGCUAAAAUGAUACCAUUAAGUCACGUGGAAAAAACUUUAAUUCCAAGCAUGGCGUCGACUAACGACGUACGAGGUUGCUAUGUGCAGAAGAAUAACAGUUGUGGCGACACAAAGGAAGAGGCCGAUUUUUUUGCGGCGUGGGGUCAGAUGGUUCAAAAAGAACCCAAUGAAUUUAUAACUCAUCAUUCGCACAACAUUCAGAUUCCGUCUAAUGUUGUGCUUCCUACUAAUAUAUCUGGCCCCGUGCAAUUUAUUGAUCCUGAUAAUGAUGAGUUUCAUGAGAUGAGUAAAGUUUAUAUGAAACCUGGGAGUUAUAAGGUCCCAAUAAAACCUGCCGAUCCUACACCUUUCGGUAUAGGUAAUUCUCAAGAUGUAACCUUCGACAACUGCAUUGACGAUAAUGCAGCUUUGAAAUUAAAAGUACCUUUUCCACCAGUUACAUUGGCACCGCAGCCGAAAUACAACAUGGAGUCAUGGCCGUGUUUGAUACCUAGACGUUCGGAUGAUGUAUUGGGCGAUGAUCAAAAAAUGAUUGCCAGACCAUUACUACCAGGUUUGGACUUAAGAACCGUUGAUACUCUGGAUGUGCUGAGCGCGUUGACAUCAGACCGUGCUUGGGAGGCUGCAAAACAAUCCGUACCAAAAUUUGUAGAUCUCUUGCAGGAAGGUUCUAAAUCAGAUACAGCUCGGUUGUAUGAUGCUCUAGGACUUGGCGUCAGUGAGGAAUAUUCAGAUGAGUUUAAAGAGGCAAAAAGCAAGAUAGAAAAUAAUGACCUUGGACCGUGGACAACUGAAACGCAUUCUAAGAAUUUUGCAAUGAAAUCUUUACCCGAUUUAUGGGAUAUGGACAAAGGUAAUGUAGUGCAAAGCGAAUGCGCUGGUCAACAGCACUCUGAAUGUACUACUAAAAACUCUGAUCAAGAAACCAAAUCUUUCGAUAGAAAUGAAUACAAUGAACCUGUUGCUAAAAAUAUCGAAGCGAAAGAGAAUGUACGCUGCCCUAGUUUUGACCAUACUGGCAACUAUAUUCGUGAUGAAAAGGAGAAGAAACCAGCUGGUAAAUCGAAGGUUUCAGUAUCCGGCAUGUGGUACCAUCCCAAGAAGAAGAAGCCUCUACCAGCUUCUGUCAAUAAGAAAUUUGAAUCUAUUUUGAGGAAGUUUUCACAAAUAAAUGAAUCUACUUUUAUUCAACACGAUAUGGAUAUAAAAGUGGCUCCAAGAUUUUAUGAAGUAGUCAAAUAUCCAAUGUGUCUCCACGAUAUUUCGACAAAAUUGAAAAAUUCCUCAUACACAGAUUAUGACCAAGUCGUCCAAGAUUUUAGACGCAUCUUUAACAACGUUAGAUUGUAUCUUAAGACAUAUCCGGACACAGCAAUGAAGAAAAAUAUCAAUAAACUUUCAGCUGAUUUCGAAAGAAUGUUGAACGAUGAAUUUCAGACUAAAUCGGAGUCUAAACCCAAAUCUCAAGACGGGACUGACAAUCUUGAUAAUUGCAGUAAGAAACCUGAUAAAGACAAUGUUCCCAAAAAUAGUGAACAUAGUACUGAUGCGAAUAGAAAAGAUUCGAAGCCCAAAUGAGAUAAUGAUAGGUGGAGGUGUAAUGUUACGGUCAGUUCAAGUAAAUUUUAACAGUUGCAUUGACUUCGAAAGAAACUUGCGUAGAAUGUUUUGGAGAUGUAUUUUAUUUAUUUUUUUAUUCCCCGACUAGAAAGGUCUAGUUGGCAACAAAGUUAAAAACGACUAAUCAUUAAUAAACUAAAAUGAUACAUGAAAUGUAUACAACAAUUGUUAUUUUAUAAGAUAUCUAGUCACUCGUUGAUGUUUUAAAAACAAAUGUCAGUGAAGUUAUCAGAACUUAGAAUUAAUAAGAUAAUUGUAGUAAUUUGUAAGUGCUUGCCAUUUUCUAUUUUGUCUUAAUACUUGAAUUUCAAUAUUCAUUGUAAUGUUUUAUCGCAUAUUUUUUAGUAAUUCUUCCUUCUUACUUUCUUGUUGAAUAAAAAAUAUCCUUUUUGAAUGCAGGAAACAAAUUUAUGUUUUGUUCUGCAGCCCUCGGCACAUUUUCUUUCUCGCUUUCAGAAUCCCUUCGUGCUAAUCACAAUGCUACAAUGUGCGUGUGUUUGUGUGUCUAUAGUCAUUUGAUUAUUUUGUAUCUAUCUGUGAUGUAUGUUUAGGUAAAAGUUUAUAAUUUGAAUCGAUUUGAGGCGCAGUCCGCGGUUGAUACGAGUGCAUGUAAAUAGUAAACGAAUUUGUAAUAAAUUGAACUAAAACAAACCUAGCUGAAUACACCAAUUUUUACAACGCGAUCUUAGGUACCGAGUAAUUGUUAAAUCAAAAGAAGCUUGCCGCAAAUGUUUGGGCAAAUGUUUGAUGGAACGUUUGGUAUCGUUCGCCCAAUACUUGUGGUACUCUUCUUUUGAUUUUUUAAUUCUAAAGUUUAUAUAUUUACGUGCUGCGUAUUUUUUUAAUUCGUUUGUUCCUUUGAUGUUCCUCGUUAGUAUUUAAAUAUAUUUUUGACUCCAUUUUACCUGCCAUAGACAAUAAGUGAAUUGCUUAGGACGUCGACAUUUGAUAUCUUUUGGCCGUUGUUUUGUUGAAACUUUACAAAUUCAAAAAACUCAAAACUGACGCUCGAGAUAAUUUUAAGUAUUCAUUAAGUUGUGAUUUUAUUAUUUAGCUUAUUUAUUUAAAAUUAUGGCAAGGAAGUCCUAGGGAAAUAAAGCAAUUGUUUUAUA